CAACAAAAUUGGGAUCGUCUUCGCUCUUUAGCCAUCACGCCUUGAUGUGCAGGUGUGCUUGUCCGGCACUAGGCUUUGUUCCAAGUUUUUACUCUUGUUUGUCUGGUUUGUCAAACACGUUAUAUGCAUGCAGUUAUGAUGCAGGAUUUAGUAUUUCCUUUUCUGUUUGUUGCAUCUUGUACUGCCUUAUCUGGAUUUUAUUACGAUAACGGUGUUGAUCAAACAGUGGUUCAUCAGCAUUUGAACAAACGAGAGAAGAAAGAAAUGCAAAGUGAAAUACUUCAUUUGCUGGGUCUCCAGCACCGUCCUCGCCCUGUUUUAAUGGUACACUCUAGAAGAAAACUUCAGGUGGAUGAUAAUCUCAGCUCUGCCCCACGCUUUUUAAUUGAUGUUUACCAAUCUCUAACUGAAGAAGAUUCAGGAGAGCUUAAACUAACUCCUGAUCUAAUUGAGAAAGAGUUCAAUGUUUCAGAUUCAGAUGUACACUCUAUGGAUGAAGCUGAUGUUAUUAUGAGCUUUGUUAAUCGGGGACAACACUUACAUGGAAUAAGGCAUCAUCACAGCUUUGGCAGGUUAUGGUUUGAUCUGUCUGAAGUUCCAGCACCAACCACAGUUAUUUCAGCUGAACUACGAUUGUAUAUUAAUUUGACCAUGGUUCAUGAAAACAUUGACCCUACAGAACUGGAAGAGGCUGAUAACCAUAUAGAAAGCCAACAAUUUACCAUUACUGUAUAUGAGAUUGACUUAGAAGAUACAUUGAUCUAUAUUGAUCAAAUGGAAAUUGAUAGCCAUCAAGAAGGUUGGGUUGCAUUUAAUGUAUCACUACCUCUUAAGAAUUGGUUACAGAGACCUGAAGAAAAUUUUGGGCUUCAGUUGGUCUGCCGCUCGUCUACCACAGGCCGCCAAGCAUCUGCUAGAGAAGUUGGAUUAGUAGGAUCCCACGGCCAUGACAAAUUACAGCCUUUUAUGGUAGCCUUUUUUCGCUCUGUGUUGCCCGCCAUCCCCAAACAGCCUGGCCAACAGGUACAGAUCCUGCAAAAAGAAUUGGCUGAUAAUGAAGAUGAGGACGACAAUGAAGUUUCAAAGAGAAGUACCCGAAUACGUAGACAAACUCCCAAUAAUAACAGAAAGCGAAGCAAAGAUUCAGAAGAAUUUGGAGGCUGGAACCCAUAUGCAGAUUUAGAUGCAAGAUUGUCAAGGCGUAGUUGUCAAAAAAAGAACCUUUACGUCAGUUUCCGAGAUCUGGGAUGGCAGGAUUGGAUUAUCGCCCCUGAUGGAUACGCAGCUUCCUAUUGCAAUGGCGAGUGUUCAUUUCCACUGAAUGCUCACAUGAAUGCGUCAAAUCAUGCUAUAGUUCAAACUUUGGUUCAUCUGAUGAAUCCGUACCGUGUGCCAAAGCCUUGUUGCGCACCCAUUAAACUAUCUUCUAUUUCGGUCCUCUAUUUUGACGAUAACUCAAACGUAAUCUUGAAGAAAUAUCGGAACAUGGUGGUUAAAUCAUGUGGCUGUCACUAAACUAUUUAACCUGUUUCUCGAAAUGUUUAUGUUUAAAUAAUCAUCCGCCAACGUAUAUUUUAUUUUCAGUGUGCUUUUCUUUGCGUCGCGACAUUGUAAAUAUCUCUGUGCAAUUAAUAUGUUUUCAAAUUAACAUCAUAAAUAAAUGCUUUGUCCGCCGAA